AUGAAUAUGAUCAAGUUUGGGCCAGUUGGAGGAAAUAAAGGAACCGUUUGGGAUGAAAAGGGAAAAGGUCAAAUAGCCAAGAUUUUUAUUUCCGACGAUGGACCAACAGUUUGUUCACUUCAAUUCCUGUUCGUUGAUAACGGCGUCUUUGCUUUGUCUGAGUUACAUGGUACUGUUGGACCAAGCAAAAAUUUCUCAGCAGUUGUGUUGGAUUAUCCAUCAGAAUAUCUUAUUUGGGUAAAAUGUGCGUCCAAUGAGGGUUUUUUGAAAUCAAUAACAUUUGGCACCAACAAAAGUUCCUAUGGACCAUAUGGCAGCAAUAUCCCACCAUGUUACACAAAGUUUAGCUUUCAAAUAGGAGAAGAUCGUUCUUUUGGUGGAUUUCACGGCACCAAAUAUCUCAAUUGGAUUGAGAGUAUUGGGAUCUAUGUGAAGACUGUCACAUCCUCCAGGAUAGUGGCGGAUUCAUGA